GCCAAUGCGUGUGCUCCUGGCGUUCAGUAAGAAAAGCGUCGCCCAGCGGUCUAGUACGAACGUAUACCGAACGCUUUGUAUAUCCUGUAAAUUAUAUCCUGUGUGUGCGAUUGAUCUCGUCUGCCUGGCAGAAGGCGAAGGAAAUCCCUGAAACGAUAUUACAAGCCAAGUGCGCUUGAGUUCGUGUAUUUCCGGUUGAACAAACACAUAAGCGAAACAUAAAGGAAAGGCGGAAUAUAAAAAAAAAACAUAAGAAAUUCCACAUGCCCCAUACUUAUGCCAAUAAAUAUAUAUAUAUAUGUAUAUGUAGUAUAUAAAGAGGAGUAAAGCCAGCCAGCACGAAAAGUGAAAAUACAUAGAGGAGAGUUGAGGCGAGAGCAUAUUUCAUACAGAAAACAGAAAACACAGGCGAGAGCCAGAGAAAGCUGGCGACAAAGGCUAACGCACGACCUUUGGCACCGAGUUCAGAUCCAGCGGAGGGGUCAGCGAAUCAAUAGAGACAAAGGCACGGCAACUGCAUCCCCAUCCCCGAGUCCAGUUUCAAGUUUAGCGACCAAAAUUCACUCGCAAAUAAUGCUGACCAUGUCGACCCUGAUGAUGCCAGCCCCGACCAUAGCCAUGGGUGCCCCGCAGAUCACAAUGGGUCAGCACAAGCCCCCGGAAACGAAGCUGCUGGCCAUCCAUCCCGCAGCAGCGGCCGCAGCAGCCGCCCAGCAGCAACAGCAGCAGCAGUCGGUGACAGCCGCCCAUUUGCAGCACAAUGGCCAGCAGCAGCACUCGCAGCAGCAGCAAAUGUCGCAGCAGCAGCAGCAGCAACAGCAGCAGCAGCUCGUGGGCAGCAACUCCAAGCCAGAACAGUUUCACAUUUUUGUGGGCGAUCUGAGUGCCGAAAUCGAAACGCAACAGCUGAAAGACGCAUUCACCCCAUUUGGAGAAAUAUCAGACUGCAGAGUUGUGCGUGAUCCGCAGACAUUGAAAUCAAAGGGCUAUGGUUUUGUCAGCUUUGUCAAGAAAUCGGAGGCGGAAACCGCCAUCACUGCAAUGAAUGGUCAAUGGCUGGGCUCUCGCUCGAUACGCACAAAUUGGGCCACACGAAAGCCGCCGGCAACCAAGGCAGACAGUGAGUAUCCAGGACCCAUCCAUCCCACCAAUCCGUCCCGCAUCUCAUUGUCAUAUCUUGAUGCUCCCGUUGCAGUGAACGCCAAGCCGCUGACCUUUGACGAGGUCUACAAUCAGAGCAGCCCCACCAAUUGCACUGUCUACUGUGGCGGCAUCAACGGAGCCCUCUCCGGCUUCCUCAACGAGGAGAUACUGCAGAAGACCUUUUCGCCCUACGGCACAAUACAGGAGAUACGGGUCUUCAAGGACAAAGGCUAUGCAUUUGUGCGGUUCUCCACCAAGGAGGCGGCCACCCACGCCAUCGUGGCCGUGAACAACACGGAGAUCAACCAGCAGCCGGUGAAGUGCGCGUGGGGCAAGGAGAGUGGUGACCCCAACCACAUGUCGGCCAUUGCCGGCGGGGCUCUGGCCCAGGGAUUCCCCUUCGGCUCGGCGGCAGCGGCGGCUGCAGCGGCUGCCUACGGACAGCAGGUGGCCGGAUACUGGUACCCGCCGGCACCCACAUAUCCGGCGGCCGCCCCCGCCAGCGCCCUUCAGCCGGGACAGUUCCUGCAGGGCAUGCAGGGAUUCACCUACGGUCAAUUCGCCGGCUACCAGCAGGCGGGAUACAUGGGAAUGGGGGUCCAGCUGCCGGGCACCUGGCAGAGUGUGCCGCCCCAGCCCCAGCUGGCCAGUGCAGCGGCCGCCACCGCGCCGCAGAUUACACAGAGCGUGGGCAGCGCACUGCCACAGGCGGCCGGAGUGGUUGCCUAUCCGAUGCAGCAGUUCCAGGUCAGUCCUCAGCUGGCGGAGGACGAGUGGCUGGCGCCCAGUUUGCUCGUGUAGCUGCCAUGAGGGAUGGCCAUGUAUCCCACACAGCAGCAGCAGCAGCAACAGCAGCAGCAGCAGCUGCAGCAGCAACAUGAGCAGCAGACGUCCGGGGAAUAUGUGAAGGAGCCGCCCUACCAAACGCAGCAGCUGCAGCACCACC